AUGCGCCACGUCCUUCUAGCGACCCUAUUCCUUACCGUCUUCCAAGUGCAUCACGUCUCCGCUCAACUCAAUUUUAAAGUAAGUCAAACAGAUUACUGUAGCCGAAGAACAGAGUUCAUGUUUUCGCAGAAAGUCCAAAACACUGACAACACGCGUCGGCAACAGCAAAGGAACCGAAAAUCAGAGGCAUUCGAUCAGUACUCCCACUUAGCAGACACUGGAGAAGUCAAUGAGCAGCUCAGGUAUUACACUCACAGCUUCGAGCAAAAAGUGCGGGAGGCCGUUCGCGAUGAGGAGUACAUGCUCAAGAAUCUGUGGUACGAUCCGGAGUACGUCAUCCACGACCUGUGUGAGCCGCACAAAUCGGGCGGACAGACGGGCGAGUUGAUAUGGUCAGAGUCGGGAGAUCGUCUUCUGAAAGUGAUCGGGAACGGCGUCGUCGAGGACGGGUACAAUAUGUUCAUGGCACCGGGGCAAUCACACGGGAAACGGACGGAUGUGCACGUGGCGGUGUACAUCGAAUCCAUGUCUUCUUUCAAAGCACAAUCUAUGGACUUCGAGGUGGACAUGUACUUGGCGAUGGGAUGGUUCGAUCGGAGGCUCGCUCACAAUUGCACACAUCCGAUACUGGUCACCAGCAAAGUAAAUUGUUCGACUGUUCUGAAAUACUUCUUCGUUUUUUAGUUCAUCGCUGAUCGAAUCUGGUAUCCGGAUUUGUACUUUGUCAACUCGAAGUACGCGUACCUGCAAGAAGUGACCACUCCCAACCUGAUGGUGGUCGUCUAUCCGGACGGACUCAUCUUCAAAACGAUGCGGCUCGACGUUACUCUCUCCUGCAUGAUGGACUUGAAACUAUUCCCUCUGGACUAUCAGGAGUGCCCGCUGACCAUCCAAAGCUGUGAGUUUUGUUCGUGUUCUUUUUCUUCCCAUUCCGAAUGUUCCAGUUGCCUACAUCGAGCAGAUCGUCAACUUAACGUGGCGGGAUGAUCCUCCGAACUUUCCGAUUGGGUUCAACCCUGAUAUCAAACUGAACGACAUGCAAAUCACAAAUAAACGAUUCAAAAAGUGUGCGGGACCGUAUCCAAUGUUCAGAGGAGAGGCCAUCUGGAGCUGUAUCCAGGGGUUCAUAGUGAUGAAGAGACUCGUGCUCUUCCAUAUCAUCCAAACCUACAUUCCCACAGGUGAGCCCCUCCGCUCAUUGAUCUCUUCGAAACGAGCAAAAAACAGGCAUGCUCGUCUCGAUUUCGUGGAUGUCGUUCUGGCUGGAUCCGCGUGCCAGUCCCGCCCGUAUCUCGCUCACAAUCACCUCGUUACUCACUCUGACGACAAUGAGCAACGGAGCCCGACAGGACCUGCCGCAGGUCUCCUACAUAAAGGCACUGGACAUCUGGCUGACAUUCUCGCAAGCGCUCAUCUUCCUCGUGCUUCUCGAGUACUCGUUCGUCUCGUAUUACAUGACGAAACGGACGACAAACUGUUCGCAUCGAAGUCUGUUUUACGAGGAGAGAGUGCAGGAAUGCAAGAGGGAGGAGAAGGUUCGAGAAUGAAUUAAUAUUCUCGAGAUGUCAUGUUUUUCCGCAGGCUCGCAAGUCGAUCGUCAACAACAACAAGCCGUCGAACGCCGGCGUUUCCGAAGUAUCCGAUUUGAAUAGGAACAAAAAGUCGCAGCAGUUCUCGUUGACCCACGGAAUAUCUGCGUGUCUCAACGAGUCGGCGGUAACACUUUCAGGCCCACAAAUCAUUCGAGCAUAAAUUAACAGGCGCUCAUGUCGGUCACGCCCACGCCUCCUCGAUUAUUCACCAAGUUCGACACCAACAAGCCGUGUGCGCGGUGUUCCGAAAAGAACGAGCGGAUAGCAGUCAAAAUUGAUGAAUGUGAGCACGCUUCUCUUGCCGCCGACCGACCAAACAACACUUUCAGAUAGCCGCUGGCUGUUCCCCACCGUCUUCUCGGUAUUCUGUCUCUCCUAUUGGCUCUACUUCACUUGGCGAUCUUCCUCCUCGGACUCGGAAGGCUGA